CGUAUAUAUUAGCAAUCGCCACAAGUCGCUCGGAAUCGCCCCGCCAUACCACACCCACCACACACACACAGUCGUUGCCGUACUGCGCUCCCUUUCCAAAGCAUUCGAACGACGAGCGAGCGAGCGGGCCACCACCACAAAGAAAUGGUCGACCUCGCUGCAGUAUGGUGCUACCUCUCCGUGGCCGCCUCGGUGAUCACGGGAAACCCGGCGCUGUGUGAUGGCGCGCCCACGGCACUCACGAUCACCAAUGCAGUCGUCCGCGGACUCGUCGAGAAUGGCAGUUACGUGUGGCGAGGGAUCCCGUACGCGGAGUCGACGGCCGGCGAGAAUAGAUGGAAACCGCCGCAACCUCUCAAGAAGAAGAAGAAACCGUCCUUCUUCAACGCUACGAGCUAUGGCUACACCUGUCCGCAGGCCUACCGCGACGACUUUGAGUUCUCGCCGCAAGACGAAGAUUGCCUCAACCUCAACAUCUGGGCGCCCUCCAAGGGGAAGAAGCUGCCAGUAUUCGUUUACAUAUAUGGCGGGGCAAUGGUAACGGGGAGCAACAGCAAUCCCGGUCUGACGGGGGCCAACUUUGCCAACAAGAGCGUCGUGUACGUCAACCUGAACCACCGCGAGAGCGUAUUUGGCUUCCCGAACUCCCCCGAACUCGACGGGGUGCAGAACUUCGGAAUUCAGGAUGUGACUGCGGCGCUGGACUGGGUGCACGACAACAUCCAGGCGUUCGGCGGCGACCCUGAGCGCAUCGUCCUGGGCGGCCACUCCUCGGGCUCGGUGAUGGUCGACCACUACCUCUGGACGCACCCGGACACCUGGCUCGCCGGCGCCCUCGAGAUGUCCGCCAACGCCGUCUCCGGCCCACCAUACGCCCCCGCCGGGGUCGGCCUCUCCGCCAUCGCCGCAGAGGUCGGCUGUCCUACUAGCGGCAGCGGCCAGCUCGCCUGCCUCCGCAAGAAGAGUGUCGCCGAGAUCGAGACGGCCACGUUCAACAGCACGACGAACACGUGGUUCGCGCCUGUCGUCGACGAGACAACCCACUUCUCGUCGUACACUGACCGCGCGUUCCCCACGCACGUCCCCCUCCUCGUCGGCAGCACCGCGAACGAAGGCGCCCUAUUCUCAUACGUGUACAGCGGGAUCAACAAUCCGUUCACCUCCUGGAUCCGCACGUUCGACGCGGCGAUGGCGCACAUUCCUACAGCGGAGCUUCUCGCGGCCUACAAUACCAGCGCUUUCCCCAGCAUCGCGGCAAUGAGCGGCCAGUCCUACGGCGACGUGCGCUUCGAGUGCGCGACCGACUACAUGGUCGACGUGCGCGCGCGCUCCACUGACGUGUGGCGCUACAAGUGGCUCGGCGACUUCGACAACGUGCUCGGCAUCGCGGGCACGGGGCCUACGCACGGCAGCGAGGUGCCGUUUUUCCACGGCGGCGGCGCCGCAUGGGCGGAUAAUAUCCGCGACACCGUCACGGUGCAUCAGCAGGCGCUCGCCGAGUCUGUCCACGACUGGUUCGUCAGGUGGAUCAAGAAUCCGAGCGCCGGGCCGGGGUGGGCGAAGACUUCGCCUGGCAGCGGCGUGGUGGGCCGACUGGGGCUGAGGGGCGCACUCGCCGCUGUAGUCGGAGACGGUGAAAGUGCGGACUAUAACGAUAUCUGCCAGAGCCUGUACAAUCAGUACUACCCGAAGUUUCCUGUAGUGCAGGAUCCUACAAAGCUGUAGAAGCUGUGAACACCUAAUGUAAUGUGGCAUACAAACAUAACAUCUAUUCCUUUUAAUCGUCUGGUUACAUAUAAUUCCCCUCCAUUCUUUAGGGUCAGAGACCUUGUACAUACUUAGAUAACUACAUAUACCGGUAGACUACGGGCGUUUUUUUUUUGUUUGUUUAUUUG